UGGAAGGCGGGCUUACCUGGGGUUUAAAAGGAGCCCCUAGGGGUUUGGGGACGACCGGUUUCUCCCGCAGUCUUCGGCCCCUGGGCUCAGAGUCGGCCUGGGACGCUGAAGCUUCUCCCGGUCAUGCUGGAUCGAGGCCGGGACGGGUCCUCCCUGCAGCCCAUGGAGCCCUCCCCACAGCCCAUGGAGCCCGUGCCCAUGGCCGAGGAGGCGGCGGCCGUACAGCGGGACGAAGAGAGCUCCCAAACGCUGCUCAGGGACUUCCGAAACUUGACUCUCAACGCUGCCGAGCAGCGCCCUUCCCCUCCACCCACGGGGUCUCCUCGGGGCAGCAGGGACAGUGACCAACGGCGCAGCCCAAGCCUGGGGCUGGCGGCCCCCCGCGUCCGCAGACGCGGAGUGCGAACCGUGCUGUCCGUGCGCAGGGAGCGCAUGGCACGCAUGCUCACGAACGCCCGGCGGUUCGUGCAGGCUUUCCGAAACGAGCGUCUGAAGGGAGCGAAGGAUGAACCAAGAAGCAUGCCCUUCAAGUGCGUCUGCAGCUUCUGCGUCUCUCACGCAUGGGACCCUUUGGAGAACACUAGAAUAGGGAGUGAUUACAACACAGAGUCAGUGUAGGUGCAAGUCUUAGACAUCUGUGGGAUGAAUGAUGACAAUGUGCUUUGACUUUAUUUGACCCAGCAAGGCUCCAGUAGGUCUCAAGUCUCAGUAUUUUAAAGCCUGAAAUCUAUGAUGAAUGCCAAGGGUAGGCAGAUUUUUCUAGUUCUUACAAAUCUGAGUUGCAAUAAAAGGAAAUUGUGAUGUAACA